GAUUACGGUCCAACAGUGACGUUUUAUGGAGAAUGCAUCUGGCAAUGAUUUGAAAAAAGCAUUUUCAACCGCCUUCCUUUGUUAAAGAUGGCUACAGUGCGAAUUUGUGUUUGCGGAGAUGAGGGCACUGGAAAGUCCAGUCUCAUCACAUCGCUUGUGAAAGGGGUCUUUGUGACAAACAAGAUUCAGCCAAUCUUACCCCAGAUCACGAUUCCUCCCACGAUCGGAACCCCCGAGAAUGUCACGACAACUACAGUGGUGGACACUUCCGCUCUUCCUCAAGAGCGGAGUAACCUGGCAAGGGAGAUCCGGAAAUCAAACGUGAUUUUGCUUGUAUAUUCAGAUCAUUACAGUUAUGAACGAGUGGCACUAUUUUGGCUUCCAUACUUUCGCUCUUUGGGAGUCAAUGUACCCGUGGUAUUGUGCGCCAACAAGUCCGAUCUCGCCGCGGAUCAUAGUGAAGCACAAGUUAUCGAGGAAGAGAUGUUACCGUUGAUGGCAGAAUUCAAGGAAAUCGACUCAUGCAUUCGGACAAGCGCGCGAGAACACCGCAAUGUGAACGAGGCUUUCUUUCUCUGUCAAAAGGCGGUCACUCACCCAAUUGCGCCCUUAUUCGACUCCAAGGAGUCGGCUCUCAAACCGGCUGCUGUCGCGGCAUUGCAACGGAUUUUCUACCUCAGUGACAAGGACCGUGACGGCUAUUUAUCUGAUAAGGAGCUCGAGGACUUCCAGAUGAGAUGUUUCGAAAAGCCAUUGAGUGAGGAAGACUUGGUGCAUAUAAAGGAAACCAUCCAGAAGACACAUCCAACCUCAGUGACCCCUUCUGGUAUUGAUUGCCGGGGUUUUAUACAUCUUAACAAGAUGUAUGCGGAGAAAGGGCGCCAUGAAACCGUUUGGAUCAUACUGCGGGCUUUCCAGUACACUGACAAUCUCUCGCUUCAAGAAAGCUUUCUCCAUCCCAGAUUUGAGGUUCCACCAUAUGCGUCUGCCGAGCUUUCCCCUGAAGGAUAUCGGUUUUUCGUGAAUCUAUUCCUCCUUUCGGACAAGGAUAACGACGGUGGAUUGAACGAUGCCGAAUUGGCGUCGUUAUUUGCGCCAACCCCGGGCUUACCCGCUUCAUGGGCAGACGGCUCAUUCCCAUCUUCUACUGUUCGGAAUGAAGUUGGUCAUGUUACACUUCAGGGCUGGCUUGCGCAAUGGAGUAUGACUACAUUUACGUCGCCAAAAACGACCUUGGAGUACCUGGCAUAUCUUGGAUUUGAAUCAUCCGACAGAAGCAAUCCUUCUACAACGGCUGCACUAAAAGUAACUCGGCCACGAAAGCGAAGAAAGCGCCCUGGGCGGGUGGGUCGUAAUGUUGUACUCGGUCAUGUCCUUGGGCCUCCUGGCUCAGGCAAGUCUGCGCUUCUCGACGCCUUCCUUGCGCGCGGCUUCAGCACUACAUAUCAUCCUACAAUUCAACCCCGCACUGCCGUCAACACAGUGGAACUGCCGGGGGGUAAACAAUGCUACCUGAUUUUGGAUGAGUUGGGUGAGCUAGAGCCUGCCAUACUGGAAAACCAGGUGAAGCUAUUGGACCAGUGUGACGUGAUUGUGUACACUUACGACUCCUCGGAUCCCGAUUCAUUUGCGUAUAUCCCUGACCUGCGAUCCAAAUACCCUCACCUUGAGGAGCUUCCAAGCGUGUUUGUUGCUCUCAAGGCUGAUCUCGAUCGAACUACCCAACGGGCUGAGUAUCAACCACACGAAUAUACUGCCAUGUUAAAUAUGCCCAGCUCACCUCUCCAUGUCAGUGUGACUUGGAGCUCAAUGCAAGAGGUCUUUGUGCAUAUCGCUGAAGCAGCUAUGGAACCUAGCACGGCGUUUCCACGGAGCGAGGAAGACGUUGAGGGUAAAUGGAUGGCUUGGGGAAUUGCACUGGGCGCUGUUGUCUGUGCUGGAGCAGCCGCGGUAAUGAUUUGGCGACGGCAGUUGGGAAGCCCCACGGAUCCGCCUCGUGCACACGAGAAAGCGGCCACCAACCCCAGAAAAGCUUCUCCUCACGAACGCUCUUUGGCCCUCCCCUCCUUUUGUCGCUCUCCGCUCUCCUCUUAUCUCCCCCUGAGGACUUCCGUCCUACCCCCGCCUCCGCCUCGCUAUACCGUACCGGUUGCGUACGCAGCUGGCGCGUCGAAUGGCAUGGCGGUUCCAGUCGUGGAGACCAACAACAUAAUCAGCCAUCCGGAGGGCGGUUGUCCACUGCAGGUCGGAGAAGGGACUUAUCGCCUCAAAGAUGACCUGCACCUCGCAACCCCUCCUCCACAUCCUUCGGAGGCCCCCGUCGUCAAUCCGAACCCUCUUGCAACUGUUCCAACACCCCCAACAUCCGGCGUCAAGCUGUCGCUUGUUAGUGUUGGCCAACGAAACAAGAUCCCUGUGUUUACCUCGAAUGUGAAGGUGACGGCGCCGCCAUUCGCAGAUGGCAACCCUGCUUUAGUGCCCGUUCCUACGAAGGAUGGCUUAAAGAGACGGAAGCCCAAGAACAACAUCAUAAAGAGCAGUUCGUCAUUUGUCUCACGGGUCAUCACCCAUGAGGCUUCUUCCAAACGACUCAACGAUCGAAACCCUGAUGGCCUGUUUGCCUUCGCUAAUAUCAAUCGGGCAUUCCAAUGGUUGGAUCUUAGCUCAAAGAAUAAAGAGGAACCACUGGCGAAAAUCCUCUUCACCAAAGCGCAUAUGUUGACACAUGAUAUCAAUGAGCUAACGAAAAGUUCUUCUCAUAUCGACAUUGUUAUGGGCUCGUCGGCUGGCGACAUAAUUUGGUACGAGCCUAUCUCCCAGAAGUAUGCACGAAUCAACAAGAAUGGAGUUGUCAGCAAUUCUCCAGUGACUCACAUAAAAUGGAUUCCGGGAUCAGAGAACAUGUUCAUGGCUGCGCAUGCGAAUGGACAAUUGGUCGUAUAUGAUAAGGAGAAGGAAGAUGCGCUUUUCACUCCUGAACUUAGCAAUCAUUCGGCAGAGGCGAUGAAAGCAUCUAGUCGGCUACCGUUACAGGUACUGAAAUCCGUAAACUCCAGAAACCAGAAGACGAAUCCCGUUGCGUUGUGGAAACUUGCCAAUCAGAAGAUCUCCCAGUUUGCCUUCUCGCCCGAUCAAAGGCAUCUGGCUGUGGUUCUAGAGGAUGGAUCGCUACGCGUGAUGGACUAUCUCAAGGAAGAGGUCCUAGACAUUUUCCGUAGUUACUAUGGAGGCUUGAUAUGCGUUUGCUGGUCACCUGACGGCAAAUACAUUGUGACAGGUGGCCAAGAUGAUCUGGUUACCAUAUGGUCAUUUCCGGAGCGCAAGAUCGUCGCACGAUGUCAAGGACACAAUUCCUGGGUCUCUACCGUUGCAUUCGACCCAUGGCGUUGUGACGAGAGGACAUACCGGUUUGGGAGUGUUGGGGAUGAUUGCAGGCUACUACUGUGGGAUUUCAGUGUAGGCAUGCUGCAUCGCCCUAGAGCUCAUCAAGCUAGUGCUCGGCAGCGAACCAGUAUGAUUGCAAGCAAUACACAGCAUUUCAGCCGCCACAGAGCCGACAGUGCAAGCAACCGGAUGAGGUCGGAUUCUCAACGAACUGCAGACACUUACAAUGAAUAUGACUCUGCAGUCCGUCAUCCGGUAGAACCUAGGGCUCGGACAGCCCUAUUACCACCUAUAAUGUCAAAAAUCGUCGGGGAUGACCCUAUUUGUUGGUUGGGCUUCCAAGAAGACUCGAUCAUGACUUCUUCUCUUGAAGGUCACAUUCGUACCUGGGAUCGCCCUCGAGAAGGUAUCAAUGAUAGUUACAACGGUAACACCUCGUCGCCCGCGAUCAGCACCAGUGCCGCCGGGUCAGGCAUAGCAGACUCGGUCAUGGGCUCAUUGUAG